AUGAUAUNAAAUGUACAUGUAUGUCUUGCCGUUAAUUACUUGGACAGUUCGAGUGUAAUAGCUGGUCAUUGGUUUAUUCCAGUUGUACCUUGGCUUCCCAAGCCGAAGGAAGACAUUAAGGAGAAGGCUUCUAAAGGAAGCAAUGUGUCGUUUGAGUGUGCUGCGAAAAGAUUUCCUUUGGAGGUAGAAUGGAAGGUGAAGAAGCAGAAUGAAGACAGUGUUCAGGCUUGCAUAAAUGGAUCAGGUGGACACUACAAGAUUCAUCAAGAUGCAUUUGGCCCAUCAAUUCUGACUCUAUCUGGAGUGGAUUAUACUGAUCGUGGAUUUUAUUACUGUUGUCUUCCUUCAAACUGCUCCCAAAAUGUAGAAGACAAAUGCCAGCAAUUCAUUCUUGGCGUCAGAGAAUUAUCACUGUCAGCUGCAUUUACAUGUAGUAGCACACAAGUAAUGUUGUUAUUAUUAUCAUUAUUAUUAGUGUGAUCAUAGUCAUUGCAAUUUCCUUAAAUGGGAUCAGUGCAU